AUGGUGAGGCGCCGCGCACGUGCCCCGAGCGCGUGGACGAGGGCCCCUGGCGUGGAGGCGCAGCCGCAGCCCCUCGUCGGCGCCGUGGGCAAGAGAGGAGUGCGGGCGCACCCGCAGGCCGAGCAGGGCCAGCUCGACGUGAAGGCCGAGUUGGAGGCGGAUAUGGUCGCGGAGUUCGCGACGUUGAGUGCGUUCGCCAAGUGCGUGGCGUUCAUGGAGCAGGUCGAGCCGACCGAGGUAGAGCAGAUCGAGACGAUCGAGGUGCGGGAGAUGGCCGGGUUCGAGGCGCAGCACGGGGAGAAGUUCCAGGUGGCAGCGAUCGCCAAGCGCGAGGCAGCCAUGGAGAAGUACGGCGUGCAGGAGCCGAAGCAGAGCCUGGGCUACGGCGAGGAUAUGGAGCAGGAGAUCGCCCUGGCCAGCGUCCCCCCGUUCCCGUGGCUCGAGCCCGUCAGCAAGGAGAAUUGGGCCGACCUCGGCGACGAGGAGGUUGCCCAAGCGCUGACGGUGAAGGUGCUGAAGCUGUACCCAGAGACGGGUGUGGAGUGCAUCAGGGCCGUGGACCGCGGGGCGUACGUGGAGCACGACGGGGAUGAGAAGCACGACGACGCGAAGAAGGAGACCGAGGCUAGCAUCGCCGAGGCGCCGAAGUGCGUGCAGACCUACGUGGACCUGGUGGGCACGUGGGACGAGGCCAAGGACUGCGAGUUCAUGAAGGCGGAGGGCACCGAGGAGGAAUUCGAGAAGAGCUCGGACGCCAGGGUCGACGACGAGCUAGAGGAGGCCGUUGACCCCGUGAAGAUGCAGGACCUGGAGGAGAAGUGGGACAGGGUCGACGACGAGCUAGAUGAGGCCGUUGACCGCGUGAGGCUGGAGCAGGAGCUGGACAUCAUCGGCUGCGAGUUCAUGAAGAGCCUGGGCCGUAUGAUUAUGCACAGCUGCUUCAGCAGUUGGCGGCUGGACGUCGCCAGCGACAAGGUGAAGAAGUUGCAGGAGAAGGGCAGCGCGAUUGAGGUCGAGCUGCAGAAGUCCAUGAAGGUGCUUAGGAGGAGCGGCGACGGCGGCACCGAGAAGAAGACCCGGGGGCCCGCGAAGCCGGAGCCCGUGCCCCAGGGGCCCGAGCAGAAGGAGCCCGUGAAGGGGAAGAAGAAGUAG